AUGCCUGAGCCAAUAAAUGCGCGUGUGAUCGAAGUCCUGGGAAGGACGAGCUCCCGCGGAGGAAUAACACAGGUGAAGGUUGAAUUCAUGACAGGGGAGAAGCGCCAGAUCAUCCGUAACGUUAUAGGGCCGGUUAGGAAGGAUGACAUCCUUGUGUUGAUGGAGUCGGAGCGUGAAGCGCGCCGCCUCAGGUAA